GACCUUGCUUGGACCAUCCGACAUUAAUAUUAUUGACAUAUUUUGUCUCAGACUACAAAGCCGCCAUGGCCAUGUCAAUCUUUGUUAUUUGUUCCUUCUUCUCAGCUGACACACUGCCGCAUAUCUGCAUUAUGUCUUCUUCAGCCUCAGGUCUCAGGACUGGGAUGGUGAAUUUGUUUCCGACGACAGUACAGUUCUCGACUCUUCCCUUUCCGAUGAUUCUCCGCCGCGCACCUCUAAAAUUGCACGUCCUAGGGUUCGACGUCGCCUUCAAUUUGUUCCUUGCGAGAUGCGAGUCGCAGAUGCAAUUGUUGUUGUCCCGCCUCAUACAUCCCCGUUACCAUCUGAUGUCUGUACAACAUCAUUUCUCCUCAUAGAGGAUGCGAUGCAGCGCGUGCUCAAGUUCGGCAAGGUCUCAGAGGGCACACGAAUACUUCCCUACCGUAGGAUUGAAAUGACAUCAAGACAGAUACUUUAAUCGCAAAUCUUUAUCUUUUUGUGGUCCAAAUAUAAGUGUAAGAAGGAUAGUCGAUACGUUACUACUUUGUCCAUAUGAUCAAUAAACUUCUGUCCCAACGGUUUCUCGACGUUGCCGA